UGGAGAUCGAACCAGACAGGAUGGCGACACAGCGGAGAGACAUAUUCCGCUUAUUGGGUAUAACACACGACCGAGGCAUGGGAUGCGGCCUCGAAGAGACUCGAGGAUAAAUAGCGAUCAAUAUCCAAUUGCUCAUACCCUCAUCCAGAACACCCAUAGCCAUCAAACCCACCUCCCUCGAACAACAUUCUCGGUUCAUAUCAGACCCCUCAAAAUGCGCCUCUUGACUCUUCUCAGCAUUGCCCUCCAGGCCGGCUUGCUUGUCCAGGCCUCGCCCCUUGCCGAGUCGUCCGCCUCCGAUGUUGAAAAUAUCGAAGCCAGGGGAAUACUCCAGGAACGCGGUUCCUGCGCAGGCGGCAAGGGAGAAUGCGUGACCUACUAUGGUGGAGCGAACUGCGACAGCCCACUUGGAAGCUUCAAGCCGACGUGUCAAGGCAAUUGUUUCCAGUACUCGAGCUUCUCCAGCGUGCGAGCGAUUGGGUCUACCAUCCCACCCCUCGGUACUGCCUGCACCGUGUAUUCGGAUUCAAACUGUCAAAAUGAAAUUGCGGAUAUGAAGAACAGCAUCACCAGCCAGUGUGCGUCAUUUGGACAGGCUCAGAGCAUGAAGUGCUAUUAUAAUUGUUGAUUGUGCACUGCUUGCAUUGCAGAGGAGGAGGAUCAAUUAUUGGGUGUUGUGAAUGGAAUGCAACUUGUUAUAGUCUAUGAAAAUAAAGAAGCAGAGAAUGAAUCAAAGCUUGAAGUA